AAUUACUCCUUAUAAUCUAGUAUCAUCUUUUAAAGUAGGGAAAGUUCCCGAAAUAGGACUAAAACAGUUUCAAAAUUCCAAAAUAGGGCUGUCAUGUUUUUUAUUUCCAAAAUAGGAUUAAAUACUACCAAAAUAUGAUAGUAAUAAAAAUAUGACAGUCCUAUUUUAGAAUUUUCAAACUAUUUUAGUCCUAUUUUGGGUAAUAUCUCUUUAAAGUAAUCCCACACUUAAUCACCCAACACGUCUAUUGAUAUAUGGUAAGAGUAAUCCCACAAAGUUUUUGUUAGAGUUAAUUAUCAAAAUAGGACUAAAAGUCAUUCACUUUUCACAAAUAGGACCAAAAAAUGAACUAUGUUUGCAUAGGACUAAUUAUGUGUACCUUGGACAAUUAUACCCUUAUAGCUAUUAAAAUGUUUUAAUUCCUAAUAAAAUAAUAAAAAAUAAUAAAAUUCGAAAAAAAUACUAAAAAAUUAAGAAAAACAUUUUGAUAUUAAAAAUUUAAUUAUUUUUUUUUUCAAAAAAUUAAAAAAAUUAAAAAAAAAUUAAAAAAAAUAAAAACUCAAAAAAAAAAUCGCCGCCGCCUCUGCCGCCUCAGCACCACCACCUCCAGUCACCAGGGGGAAAAAAUGCCAAGUUCAUUACGAAUGCCAUAUUUAUGGCAGAAAAAAAUGAAAAUGUUGGCAUUCGAAAAGAGAAAUAUGCCACUUUUUUGGCAUUUUCAGAAAAAAUGGCAUUUUUCUGGGAAAAUGGCAUUUUUUCAUCGGCCAGAGGUGGUGGUGCUGGGAGGUAGUACAGGCGGUGGGAAAGGCAUCCAUAUUUUUUUAAUUUUUUUUUACGGAGUUUUACUAUUUUUUAUUGAUUUUUUUAAAAACAAUUUUUUAAAAAAAUAAAGUUUUUUAUUUUUUUAUUUUAUAAAAAUUUUAUAAAUUUUUUAAUUAUAUUUCUACGAAUUUUUUAUUUUUUUCGAAUUUAUUAUGAAUUAAACAUUUAAUUAUGGCUUUUGACUACUUUUAAUUCAUAUUUAAUGGAAGGGUAAGAAUGGAAUGCAAAAAUAGGUAUGUUUCCAAUAGGACUCAUAUGGUCCUAUUUUGGAAUAAAAACAUAGCAAAUCCUAUUUUAGGUUUUUGCCAUAGUUUUAGUCCUAUUUGAACUAAUUUUUAUUUUUGUUAUACGGAAUAGUUUCUAAUCCCUUACCAACAAACAACGAGUCUAAAAAAAGUAGUAAUAAUUCUCCGUAUUACUUUCAUAAUUAGUUUAUCAAAUGGUUGUGAGAGCAUCCACAUUCAUGCUAAUUAAAUAAACGGAUUUUUAAUGACACUUAGAUUGGCACACAAAUUUCUUCAAAAUAAUCUCACACAUUCACUUAAAUUACACCAUUCACCAUCUCAAAAUAAUCAGAUCUUUUGUGGGUCGCGCACUCACCAAUUAAUACUAGCUGUAUAAUAAUCUUGAGAUAAUUUGGAUUCAUAUUUCAAUCCCGGAUUAUUUUGUCAAAUAAUCUCACCAAAUAAUCUUCGUCACUCAAUCAUGAUCCCAAAAAUAAUCCGCUGCAUCACCCACGUAAUUCUAAAAUAAUGCCGAGUAAACUCAAUUACCCUCAACUGAUAGCAAGGGAGUGCCACAAAGGUUAGGUCCCGGGUUCGAAUCCCGUCAACUGGGAUGAUGAGUUACUAUGCUAAAAAUGCAUAGGGCAUCUGCAAGUACCGGGGAUAGAACCCCACUCUCUAUGUGUCAGAUUGGGAUUAUAGUCUAAUUCACCUCCUCCCAACGUAUCCUCCAGUCGGGGUUGGGCCCUCAGCUAUGGGUGUCAUCCAUUUUUUUGAGUAACUCAGUUACCAUGGGUCUUUUCUUAAAACACGGAAAAGUGAACAUGGAAGGCAAAAACACGGCAAAAAAUAUGGGAUUUCUAAGAAUACGAAAUUCGGAAAAACAUCUUCCGAAUAUAUUAGGGUUAACUAUGUCCAUUCGGAAACACAUGUUCCGAAACAUCUUUUUUAUACUUUUUUUUAAUCCAUUCGGAAGAUGCUUUUCCAAAUCAACUUUCAACUUUCUUUAAUUUUUUGUUAUCCUAUUCGGAUCACGAAGUUCCAAAUGCUACUUUAAUUUUUAUUUUUAUUUUAGUCAUACAACUUAAAUUGAUAUAAACCUAUUUUUAAUUAAUAAAUAAAUUGGACCCAAUUUCCCAAAUGUGAUGUCCUAAUUAGUGGGGUUGGCUUUUUAUUCAUUUGUAUUUCCAGCUUCCUAAUUGGAAGUGGCAUUUUAAAAAAAUAAUCAGCUCUCGUUCGGAAUAGGAAGUUGGGAAUCAACUUUUUGCACUUCUUCAAAAUCCCCCUCUUGUUGUCAUUCCCUCAAUUACCAUCAACUUCUUCAUCUUCCAUGGACUUUAUUUUUGAGACUCUACACUUACUCUCUAGUAUCGAGCAGUGUGGAAAGUGGAAACCGUGCUUUAUGUUGGGAAAGGGAAACGUCCCAUCCAUUUUCAAGAACCGCUGUUCUCAUACUUUCCCACCUUUUUUUCUUGCAUUCUCUUUUCCUUCUACAAAGUUUUUAUGUCUUGCUCGUAGACUUAUCUUGGCUUUGAUCUUAUUACUACUGUUAAGUCCUGCUCUUUUUACUUCGUUGCAAAGAAACCCCAAUUCUUUGACUGAACUGUUAUCCAUAAAAACACCACCUUUUAUGCACAUGAUCUUGUUCUUGCUAGCACUUGAUCAAGUUUCUUUUUCUUUUCUUUUCAUGUUGUCUACUCAAUCUCAGUAAGACUUGAAUCACUUGCUCGAAUAUGGGGUCUAUCUUGUUUGGGUAUCUGUGAGACACUGAGACUCACUAAGAGAGUUUGAAGCAACAAAUUACGACUCCUACUUUCUGCGAUUUUUCUGCGCGUUUAGCUAACAAAAUGGAAGAGCCUUCCUCUGUAAAGCGGGAAGUUUGGCCUAAGAAUGAUCUCAUUGAUAUAGUCUUCUCAUGGUCUCUUGAAGACAUUUUCGACGACACUCUCUACCGAAACCAGGUUGAGAAAAUUCCAGAUACAUUCCGCUCAUGGGAUCAUUACCUUUGCUGUUAUACAUUUCCUUUAUUGGAAGAAACGCGAGCAACUGUUGCUUCUUCAUUAGAAGUAAUGGAUAAAGCGCCAUUUGCUCAAGUGAUAUCUUUUGAUCUGUCAAAGGGACAUGGGAAGAGUAUUUACUAUAAAAUAAAGGUGGAGUCUUGGAAAAGAAGGAUUAAUGAUGAAGGAGAGCAUUACAAAACAUUGCCAGGAGACUUAGUAGUGAUCUCGGACAGUAAACCAGAGACACUCUCAGAUUUGAAUCGUGUGGGUUGGAAUUGGACUUUUUCUUCAGUUGUUAAUGUGACAGAUGGUGAGGACGAUGAUGGCAAUUCCUCUACUUAUUUUAAAGUGAAAAUGCCUAUAGAUUUUGGAGACGUUAUAGGAGACCAUGCAACCAUCCAUAUCGUUUUCUUGGCAAACUUUACAACAAGUAAACGGAUUUGGAGUGCUUUGGGGAUGACCAGAAAUUUGAACAUUAUUAGCACGGUUUUGCAUGCAAGUGCUGAGGGCCAUAACGAAUGUCAUAUUUGCUCUCCUCAUGCUGAUGUAACAUCAUCAUCAUCAUCAUCAUCAGCUAAGAGCAUAGAGGACAGCUUGCUGGCCAAGCUGAAUGAGUCUCAAGCCAAUGCAGUGCUUACAUGUCUUGAAAGGAUGAAAUGUCACCAUAUUUCUCAUGUUGAUCUUAUUUGGGGCCCACCUGGUACCGGCAAGACAAGUACCGUUAGUAUACUUCUGUUUAUGCUUUUGAAAAAACAGUGCAGAACGCUUAUUUGCGCUCCUACAAAUGUGGCAAUAACACAAGUUGCCUCUCGAGUGUUAAGGCUGGCACAAGAGUGUUAUCAAGAUGAAUCAUCUGAGAAGAACCUGUUAUACCCGUUAGGUGACGUGGUCCUAUUUGGAAACAAGGAUAGACUGAAGUUGGGUGAAUAUAUUGAGGAGAUCUAUCUAGACUACCGUGUCAAAAGGCUUCAUGAAUGUUUUGGAUCACUGACGGGUUGGAGACACUGUAUUUGCACUGCAAUUUCUUUUCUCGAAGAUUCUGUUUCUGAUCACGAAGUCUUUGAAGAAAAUAAACUAAUAAAAAAGAAAGAGUUAAUUGAGAAUGGUCAAACCUUGGAUGAAAGCGUGGAGCCUAUAUCCUUUGCUGAGUUUCUUAAGUUGCGGUUUGACGGUGCUGUGUUAUCCCUCAGAAGUUGCAUGGUUACAAUGUGUACUCAUAUCCCAAGGCAUUUCAUUCAAGAGUACAAUUUCCAGGCUAUCAAUUCCCUGAUAUGCCACCUGGAUUCCCUGAAAGAAGUGUUAUUUCAGAAGCAGAUGCCAUCUGAUGAAGAUCUGAAAGAUUUUUUUUCACAGCCACUAACAUCUGAAGUUUUCUCCGAUAUGUCCUCAUUGGUCUGGUUGAGAAUCCAGUGCAUUUCCAUUCUAAAAACCCUUCUAGUUUCUCUCGGAAAACUUGAAUUUCCCAGUUCAUUAAAUGGGGUGUCAAUAAUGGAUUUCUGCUUAAAGCUACCAUCCUUGGUUUUUUGCACCUCCUCUAGUUCCUUUAAGCUGCAUUCUGUUGAGAUGGAACCAUUCAAAUUAUUGGUCAUUGAUGAAGCUGCUCAGUUGAGGGAAUGUGAAUCUAUCAUACCGCUUCAACUACCAGGGAUAAUACAUGCCAUUCUUGUUGGUGAUGAAUGCCAGUUACCUGCAAUUGUUCAUAGCAACGUGUCUAAUGAGGCUUGUUUUGGUAGAAGCUUAUUUGAAAGGCUAAGUUCAUUAGAUCAUCCAAAGCUUAUGCUUGAUGUCCAGUACCGUAUGCAUCCAGCAAUAAGCCGAUUCCCGAAUUCGUGUUUCUAUCAAAAUCAACUGAGAGAUGCUCCAAAUGUGCAAACCAAAGCGUAUGGGAGGAGGUUUCUUCUGGGAAGGAUGUUUGGUCCAUAUUCUUUUAUAAGUCUCCCCAAUGGAAAGGAAGAACUGGAUGAUGUUGGGCAAAGCAAAAGGAAUAUGGUUGAGGUGGCUAUAGUCAUUAAGAUAGUGCACAACUUAUUCAAAUUUUGGCGUGACACCGGAAAUGAAAUUAGCAUUGGUGUCGUAUCUCCUUAUGCUGCUCAAGUAGUUGCCCUAAAAGAUAAAAUCGGAAGGAGGUAUGAUAACCUUGAUGGCUUUGCGGUUAAGGUUAAGUCUAUUGAUGGCUUCCAAGGUGGGGAAGAGGACAUCAUAAUAUUAUCUACUGUGAGAUCUAAUCGUGCUGGAACUGUUGGUUUUAUGUCUAGUUUGCAAAGAACUAAUGUUGCCCUGACCAGAGCACGGCACUGUUUGUGGAUAUUGGGAAAUGAAAGGACCCUAAUGGAUAGCAAUUCAGUUUGGAAGGAACUGGUUCAAGAUGCAAGGAAACGCCAACGCCUCUUCUCUGCCUCCGAUGAUUGUGACCUGUCAAAAACUAUUUUGAAUGUCAAGAAAGAGUUGGAUCAACUUGACGACCUGCUUAAUGCAGAUAGCUUCUUAUUCAAAAAUCAAAGAUGGAAUGUUCUUUUGAGCGACAACUUCAAAAAAUCCUAUAAAAAUUUGGCGUCAUCCCAUUUGAAAAAGGCAGUGCUAAAUCUUUUACUUAAGCUUUCUGGUGGAUGGAGACCAAAGAGAAAAAGUGUGGAUUUGAUGUGUCAAAGCUCAUCACAGAUUGUGAAGCAGUUUAAGGUUGAAGGGCAAUACAUAGUCUGCACUGUUGACAUUCAGAGAGAAUUGAAAUACACUCAAAUUUUGAGGGCUUGGGAUUUAUUACCUCUUGAUGAGGUUGGAAAAUUAUUGAGACGCCUUGAUAGCAUAUUUGCCAUGUAUACAGAUAAUUUUAUCAAUAUGUGCAAGGAGAAGUGUCUAGAUGGGGACCUGGAAGUUCCAAAAGUUUGGCCAGUUUCUAUUGAUCUAGUAAGAUUCAAGAAUCUUAGUGAGAGACUGGCUGACAGCUCGAAUGAACGUGUGGCAGGGGAUGGGAGAAGUUACAUUGAAAACUCAAGAGUGAGUGAAAGCUUACUCUUGAUGAAGUUUUACUCUUUAUCAUCUGGCAUUGUCAAUCAUCUGCUCUCUGACAAUCGUGGUGAAGAAAUUGAUAUCCCUUUUGAAGUUACGGAUGAAGAAAAAGAGAUAAUCAAAUCGAGAAGCAGUAGUUUCAUACUUGGCCGAUCAGGCACCGGUAAAACCACUGUGUUGACCAUGAAAUUGUUUCAAAAGGAGCAACAACAUCAUCUUUCCUUAGGAGUGAAAAAAGUUGAGUCAAAUAAUGAGAUCAACAAGCACGAAGAAGAUAGCGUUGCAAAAGCUGAGAAGACAAUGAUGAGCCAAUCCGAAGAUAAGGAUAAGAUGACCACUACCUUAAGGCAGCUUUUUGUCACUGUUAGCCCGAAGUUGUGCUACGCAGUCAAACAACAAGUUGCACAUCUGAAAUGCUUUGCGCAAGGAGGAAAGUUCUCUGAUGAAAACAGUCUGUUGGAUAUGUUGGAUGAUUUGGAUGGGUUGUCUCAUUUUAAAGACAUCCCCGAUUCUUUUGUUUCCAUUCCUGAAAGAAAAUAUCCUCUUGUUAUCACAUUCCGAAAGUUUUUGAUGAUGCUUGAUGGAACAUUGCGCUCUUCAUACUUUGACCGUUUUCAAGACAAGCACACUCCCUUUCUGGACGCAGAAACUUUAUUAAGACGAAAAGAGGUUAACUUCGACCGCUUUUGUUGCUUGUAUUGGCCUCAUCUCAACUCCCAGUUCACUAAAAAUCACGAUGCUGCAAAGGUGUUUACUGAAAUCAUUUCACAUAUAAAAGGAGGAUUACGGGUGGGUGAGGCCCAUAAUGUCAAACUUGGUCGCAGUGAAUAUGUUUCAAUGUCUCUGAAUAGGGUAUCAACUUUGAAUGAGAAGAGCAGAGAGGAAAUCUAUAAUAUCUUUCUCGAUUAUGAAAAAAUGAAGAUGGAGCGAAGGGAAUUUGAUUUAGCUGAUUUGGUGAAUGAUCUUCAUUUUCGGUUGAACGAGGAAAUCUGGGAGGGUGACAAAAUGGAUUUUGUGUAUAUUGAUGAAGUUCAAGACCUCACAAUGAGACAGAUUUCACUGUUCAAAUAUAUUUGCCAAAAUGUAGAUGAGGGCUUUGUGUUUUCUGGGGAUACUGCCCAAACCAUUGCCAGGGGGAUAGAUUUUAGGUUUGAAGAUGUGCGGACUUUGUUCUAUGAGGAGUUCGUCUUGAAACUGAAAGGUGAUUUACAUGCCACACGAAAAGAUAAAGGCCAUAUUGCCAGGGUGUCUUGUUUACUCCAGAACUUUCGCACACAUGCUGGCGUUCUCAGGCUCGCACAGAGUGUUAUUGAUAUUCUUGCUCACUACUUCCCUCUUUCAAUUGAUGCUUUGGCUCCAGAGACUAGUCUUAUAUAUGGUGAGGCGCCAAUAUUGCUUAGACAAGGAAGCAAUGAAAAUGCCAUCGUAACUAUCUUUGGUAACAGUGGAGGUGUGAGUGGGAAGAUGGUAGGAUUUGGUGCAGAACAAGUGAUAUUAGUACGUGAUGAGUUUGCUAAGCAAGAAGUUUCUGGUCUUGUUGGAAAACAAGCGCUCAUUCUAACUAUAGUUGAAUGCAAAGGAUUAGAGUUCCAGGAUGUGCUGCUUUACAACUUCUUUGGUACUUCACCUUUGAGAAACCAGUGGAGAGUAGUCUAUGAAUUUAUGAAACUUCGAAAACUGCUUGACCAAGGUUUUUCACAGAGCUUCCCAUGUUUUACCGAAGCACGUCACACAAUUUUGUGUUCUGAACUGAAGCAGUUAUAUGUAGCUGUAACUCGGACAAGGCAACGAUUAUGGAUCUGUGAACGUGUUGAGGAGUUUUCUAAACCGAUGUUUGAUUAUUGGAAGAAAAUGGGCCUUGUGGAAGUAAGGGAUGUUGAUGAAUCUCUUGCAAAAGCUAUGCGCUUGGCAAGCACUCCUGAGCAGUGGAAAUCUCGGGGAUUAAAACUUCUUUGGGAGAAAAACUAUGAAAUGGCUAUCAUGUGUUUUGAGAGAGCAGGAGAAAGGAACCUGGAGAAGCAAGCUAAAGCUUCUAGUCUUAGGGAAACUGCUGACCGAGUGAGAGAUUUAAACCCCAAUGCAUCUAUUUCCAAUCUUAGGGAAGCUGCUGAGAUAUUUGAGUCAAUUGGAAAGUUCAAGUCUGCAGCCGAAUGUUUUUGUGACUUGAAGGAAUAUGAACGUGCAGGUGCAAUUUAUUUGAAGAAGUGUGGGGAACAAGAACAGAAAAAAGCUGCAGAGUGUUUUACAUUGGCAGGAUGUUAUGAGACUGCUGCAGAGAUAUAUGCAAAGCAGAACUGUUUCUCAGAGUGUUUAUCUGUUUGCAGCAAGGGGCAUCUUUAUGAUGUGGGAUUUCAAUAUGUAGAGCACUGGAAACAACAUGCUUUCCAUUACAAUGAUAAAGAUGUGCACAGGAGAGAAAUUGAAAGAAUUGAACAGGAAUUUCUUGAAAGGUGUGCAUCUGAUUACUCUGAGUGCAAUGAUAGGAAAUCAAUGAUGAAGUUCGUUAAAGCUUUUAAGUCAAUGGAUGAUAUGCGACAUUUUUUGAAGAAUCUGAAUUGUCUGGACGAGUUGCUACUAUUAGAAGAAGAAUCUGGAAACUUUGUUGAAGCUGCAGAGCUUGCUAAGCUGAAAGGGGAUGUUCUACAGGAGGCCGAUCUUCUCGGUAAAGCUGGGAAUUUCAGCAAAGCAUCCUCACGUGUCCUUUGGUAUGUCUUGGUCAACUCUUUGUGGGUUCGUGGAUGCAAGCCAUGGCCCAUUAAGUCUUUUGAGUCUAAGAAUGACCUCUUGAAGAAGGCCAUUUCAUUUGCAAGGGAUGGAUCUGAUAUUUUUUAUGAGUCUGUAUGUACAGAGGCAAAAGUGUUUGAGCACGAGGAAAGUAACUUGUGUGAGUUGAGGCGUGCUCUAAGUGCUUCUCAGAAGUGUGGGAGUCUUAGAGGUGAAAUUUUAUGUCUAAGGAAAAUUAUGGAUGCUCACACUCAAGUUAGAGCCUCUACUUAUUCAUGGGAAGAUGAGUCUCCUGUAGACCUGAAGUUCGGGGAUGAUACAAUGUUCUGUAACCAGCUCUCUCUUAAGUCCCUCUGUCAUUUCUGGAAUCUCUGGAAAAAGAAUGUAUUCAACAUUCUUGAAUCUAUUACCGUUCUUGAGUCGACUCAAGAUUUUGGUAGAUAUAAAGGCUUUGGUGAGUUCUGCUUGAACUAUUUUGGUGUGAGACGGCUAUUCUCUACUGAUAUGAAAACCAGUUAUGUCAUGAUAAUUCCUGAUGCUGAAUGGGCUACAAAGCUUGAUAGGAGUUUGAUGAGGCAAAACCAAAUAGUGCCCUCAAUUGAUGAAGGGCAGUUCAUAGAUGCUGCACGGAAUCACUGGAAGAUUGAACUGUACACUGUAGGAGUUAGGGUUCUCGAAAUGCUUGAAUCCCUUUAUAUUGUUUCCAUGGGCUCAUUUUCAGAGUUUAGACAAAGCAUGUGCCUCAUCAGUAUAUAUCAGAUCUCAAAAUUUAUUCUCGAGUCCAAGGAGUUGAACUGCAAGAAUUACGAGGGGAAUAUAAUGAAGUUCUUCCAGUUCUCAAUGAGUUACUUCGAGCAUGUUUUUCCUAUUCAUUUUCAGAAGCCUAUGGAGGAAAACAUGAUUGCUUUGAGAGGAACAGAGGUUUCCCGAAGCUUACUGGAAGAGUUUAUUAUUGACGAUAUCGGGAGAAAGGGUGAACUUACACUUGGGCAGAUUGGACGGUUGAUGAUAAUAUGGUUUGGGUCUGCCAAACCUGCAGAUGAACUCUGCAAGAAAAUAUUGGAAAGAAUUAAGAAAGGUUCUUCGUGGAUCCAUUUCAUUGAGAUUCUGAGAGGUCCUGAAGAGCCCUUAGUUUACAGUAUCAAUGGCCCUAAAAAACCAGAGGGUGAAAUUCAUAGGUUCCAUGAUGCUUUGGAAGAAACAUAUAGUGCCCACUGGUGUAAUAUGCGUCACACGAUACAGCCUCACUGCUUCUUAUAUCUUGUGGAGCGUUUCUUGAUGACAUUUCAAUUAAAUGGCUUCUUUUACAGCACUAAAUCUUCUUUUCUGGAGUGGCUGAGGGUUCAGGAACCAGGCCGCAGUCUGGUGGCCAGCUUUCCACCACAAUCACUAUCUAGUGAAAUGUUCUACAAGUCCAUCCUUUUUAUGGUGGAAGAGCUCCUCGUCAAGAACAUUGAGACAGGCCUUUGGAUUGAAAGAUCCGGAAUAAAAUCCAAUGGCUGUGAAUAUAAUAGGUUACUGGUUUUGAGGUUGGUGCUCAUUCUCUGCUCGCUGUGCAUGAACUCUGCCACUAUGGAACCGAUAAAUGUUCUCCAUCGUGUACUACAGACCCCUUUUAUUACAUCUGAUCUACCAAGAGAUUUCACUCGGGUAUUCAGGCAGGCUACAGUUGGUAAAGUAAAAAUAGCUGAAGCUCUAAAAGCUAUAGGGAAUCCUAUUUGUCUUGUAUGCUGGAAUGGACAAACCCCAAGCUUUGUGUGUCGUAACACUAUAACUAUACGACUGGGCGGAUCUUAUAAUUCUAAAGAGGACAUCAUCAGAAUGUUGUUCCCACGGAAAAAUUUUGUUUCUUAUGGGCAAGAAGAAGAAGUCAAUGUGAAGAAGAACUCAUGUUGUCUGCUACCCUUGAGUGUAUACCAUGGGAUGAAGAGUUCUAUGGUUGAAAAAUCUUCAUCAGACAACAAAGCGUCAACUCAAAGACAGGACCUGAAUGGUGAAGAAAAUCAAAGAACCUUGCAAAUGAAAUGGUCUGUUUUGGAUGAAGAUUCUGCUUCUCUGGAGUUCAAGGAGGAGUUGGAUGAAUGUAUAAAUUUCAUGACUGCAGUGGCUAAUUAUUUGUCUGAAAAGAAGGCAACUCCCUCUGGCGAAGAAUCAAAUAUAUACGAUGAUGUAAAAAGCUUGCUUACAGAACUCCAGCAACUGUCAGAAACGUUGGAUAAAAUUGGCAUGGAUGAAGAGGAAAAGCAAGAAAGCAUUGCAGAAGUGAAGAAUAGGUUAUUAUUGAGAAAGCCUGGAGUGGAAGUUUUCUUGAACAGUGUCAUUGUGGUGAAGGACAGUAGCGAGGUCAUGAUUUUGGAUUCAGUGGGUGACAAAUCGCCAGUGGAUGAAAAUGCAACUGAAGAAGUAGAAGAAGAUGAGGAGGAGGAUGAGCAUAACAAUAUGACAGGGUUGGAUAACUGUAAGAAGAAUCAAGGUAUGCAGCAGCAAGGGAAGUCAAAGAACAAAGCCAGGAAACGAAAGGGAAAAGGAGGUCGGGGAAGGAAGUGAUUGUGUGUGUAUAUGUAUAUUUUGUGUUGUUCAACGAAGUCUAUAGUUUGUUAUGAUCUUCGCAAGGCAGUUAUUCAACAGGAAUCUGUCAAUCCCAUAUGUUGUCAAGAAAUAUCAUGCGAAUAUGAAUGUUUUUGAAAGUUCUCUGUUUCCUCACCCUUCUUUGAGUUCUUUCCCCCCAAUUUCUUGUACGAAGUAAUUAAUUCCCUCCGCCCAAGUCCCCAGAGUCCCGGGAAUUCAAAAUUGUAUUUGUGGUGGAUUAGUGAGUCUACCAUCGAUUCAAUAAUUAAUCCAAAUAAUAGUAAUAUUCAUUUCAUUCCAGACAACCUAAAGGAGUCUGAACUAUCAAAUAUGAAACAUCUUCUACGGAGUAUAUUCUAAAAAGAAACCCACUUU